GUCGGAUGGAGCUUCUCGACGCUUUUAAUACUCCAAGCGACGCGUGGUUUCACGAAAAUUGCCGCAGUUUCGAGUCGAUUUGUUUAUGAAAUAAACAGACUGCUUGUGGUACGAGAACGAAUGUCUGGUUUGUUUAGAAUUAUUUUGGACUAAUUUUGAGAUAUGUCCAGCCGCCGUUCUCAGUUUGUCCACCCGAUAACAAUUUGGGUCCAAUAAAAAUAACCGUGUCUUCAUCAACAAAAAGACGUUUCCUCGUAGCUUCUAAGGGACCAAAAUCAAGGCCCCUCGCCUCAACCACAGAUCUAGAAUCGAAGAAGACGUCGCUAAUUAGUACCAUCUCUCCGGCGGAGUACGUCGUCAGCGGCUAUGUGCACGCCGGUAUACAAAUCAUAGUGGGAUCAGGGCCGCAGUGGCAAUCUCGACAUGGAGGUGGAGGUGAUAGAGGAGGCAUCUUCGGGGCGCGCCUCAUCACGAUUCCCCACCACACUAUUGGGCAACAACACACCUGGUUAUCCAGUUGGGGAUGCGCCGGUAGUGGUAGUCCGUGUCGAAGAAGUGCUACUAGUGGCCCUCGUCCUUAUCAUCUGGGUAGCAGCUAUCGCUCUUUUCUUCAAUCGUUGGGGCAAAAUAAGAAUGUUGGAACCUUAUCAACCAAAGUUCCAUCAACAGCCACACCGUCCAUCAUGUCCAUUAGCUCCCCUUAGCCCCCCUGGGGUGACGAACCAAGUGAGCCUCACCAAUUCUACUACUUUAUCUACCAGAGCUCAAAAACAACCAACCGCCCGGAUGUCUUUCUCGAAGUACAACGUAAACGCCUUGACAGACCCUCUAUCGGUCCUUCCAUCGCCAAUCAUCAAACGCCCUCGUCAAAAUUCCGUAUUCGUCGGCAGCUCUACCGUAGCUAUGCUGAAUCCUCCACCUAGACGCGUUAAAUCCGCUAUUGAUAUUCAACAUUUAGUUGUUAACGAACAUAGCCCUACGACGUCUCUUAAAGGUAAUAUAAAAGGUUCUAUAAUACCAGUCUUGAAUAAAGAACGUCGCCCAUCUCUAAUAACUAUAGAACGCCCUUAUUACACUCGUCAUCACCGUCCAUCCAUAACUAUCGAACGCGCCCACGUUCACCAAGCGCGUACUCGUCGUCUAUCCUGCUUUGCCGAACGUCCUUAUAGCCGCCAUAGAAAUUUUAUCAGCUUCGAACACUCGUUCGACAGGAAACCCAUCGAAAAACCAUCGUGUAGCUACCAUCCUACCAUUAGUUUUGAGACUCCGAUGGAGUCCAUGGAAAUACCUACGUUACCAUUGGAAUUGCCGCCGUUGCCGGUCCUUCCUAGCACGGGAGCGAUUCCGAAAGCGUCUCGUAGUUUCGAACAGCCUAAGUUUAAAGAUACACAUAAACCUGAACGCAAUUCGCACAGCUUAGAUGUAAGUUCUUUGAACUUCGAAAGAAGAUGCUCGAUACCCGAAGAAGAUAGGGGUUCGUCUAUUUAUAUUAAUCUGGAUGAAACUAAGAUAACUGCUCCCCUUCUAGAGGGACUCAAAAGUUCAGAUGUUUAAUUAUUUUGUGAUAUAGUUGAGCCCUUUCGAAUGAAAAUUUGUGAGUAUCAAUAACGAAAUAUUGUCAGAAAGAGUUUUAUAUUUUGUAUUAAAUGCUUUGAUAUAACGAUAAAUAGUUUAACAAAAAUAUACUGCCCGACAAACAAAAAUGUCAAAUUUUGCAUCAUAGUAUCGUCAAAUUAUUUAUUUGUACUGUAUAUCAGACUAUAAAACUUUGCCAAUCGCCACAGCUAUAACCAUUUUUUUUGGGUUCCAAUGAAAGGCGAUUACAUAUUUGAUGGAUAUUUUUAUAUUUAGCUGCACAAUCUUAAUGGAGAGACUGCUAAUUAUGGAGAUAUUACAAAUAAAGACAACAAGCCCUCCGGAUAGCCGACAAUAUGUACUACAGAGAUAUGGACCAGCCUAUAGAAGAUCGUUGCCAACUACUUCAUAAACAGAAUCCUCAAAUACGACCCGAAGAGUACAAAGUCCCUGGAGGAGUACCUAAAUACUCUACUGAUGAUUACGUGGCAAAACACAUAGAAGAGAUCAACUUCACGUUUGGUACGGUCCUCUAGAUGGAUGGACUCAGUCGACUUGAAACUAGCGGAGCACCAAACCGGACCAGUAGAAAAAAUGAAGACAAGUCGGGGAACAGAAAAACAUCCCAAUCAUUCAUCUGAUACCUGGAAGUGAUGAUUGAUGUUAGACUGAGUUUCAAAAAGUCUGAUAAGAGAAAAAUACUCUGGAAAGAGGAGCAUCUUAUCUCAGCUAAUGCCAAACUUAGAAGGUCCAAAACAGAUAAUAAAAUCGGUGGUUACAUCAGUGCUCACAGACGGAAUUGCCAUUAGGACCAGUAUGGAGAGUCACUCCAGUCUUAUGACUUAGCGACCUGAGAAUUGCCAGUACAUCUACGGCAUUAAGCAAAGAAAGAAUGUAUGGACUAAGAAGAUGGACCCACCAACUUGUUCUACAAGUGAACGUCUGGCUCAGCCGCUGCCACGUGGAGGUGAAUUACUACUUGAUUCAGAUGCUCUUUGGACAAGAUGUUUCAAGCUUCACAGGUUCAAGCAUGAGUAUUCCUCAUAGUGCCGAACUUGGGAACGAAAAUAAGGAGCAUAUCUGGGCAUCUGCAAUAGAAGCAACAAUAACGCCGGAUUAGAGUACAUCAAAAACGAAAUAUACAGGGAAAUAUCAAAUCAAAUCAAAUAUAAAACCUACAGAAUAAUACAUAGAUUCAAACCAGCUAAGACGAUUUGAACAUGUGAAAAAUAUGGGUGAGGAUUAUAAGAAGAAUACUAGAAACCAAAAUAGUAAGAGCAAGAAAUAGAAGAAGUUCAAAGAAGACCUGAAGAAGACCUGGAUGGACGAAAUCAACAAAGCGAUUAAGAAAAGAUGAAUGAAACUACAUGAGAUACUACUACAAAUAAAAGAAAGAAAUUAAAAUAAUUUUGGAAGAAGGGCAUCAUGAAAGAAAGAGUCUUGAUAUUUAACAAAUUUUGCUCUAAGGAGUAGAAGAGGAGGAAAGGACAAUAGGAAAGAAGAGAAAGCCUUAUAGUUAGAUCUACUCCCAGCAAAGCAAUGGCUAAUAGUGGUCCCACGACAUAUCAGAUAGAGCACUAGGCCCUGAAUAAACGUGACGAUAUUUUUUACCUAUACUUCUAUAGGCUAGAGAGAUAGAGAGUCAGAUGUUUGGGCUAUUUUUCUGCGCAUAGUAUAGGCACACGUAAAGACAGAAAAACCUCUGGAGCCGGAAGGAUAUUCCUACUUACAGAGCGAGCUAUGACUUCUAUUUGUCCUUGAAAUACCUUGAACAACAUUAUUAUACUGCAAUAUUAUCCAAUAUUAUACAAUACUCCAAAUUCGAUGAUUUAGAAAUUUCUUUCUUACAAUAUUUCGAGUACAAUAAUUGUUAAGGGUGUUUAUCGAUUUUAUUUGUUAUUUAACACGUGCAUUUUGGAAUAAAAUAGACCAGUUGAUUGAAUAUUCGAAGAGAAAACUUUAUUUUUAAACUAUUUUUGUAUCUUUCAUGUUAAUAAUAGUUACUAUUCGAUGCUUCAAAUUUAACUGUUCAACAAAAACGAGUUGAGACUUGAAUAUAAAAUAAUUACUUCAACGAAA